AUGGAAUUCAAGGUUUUUCUACAAGACUUACUUGAUAGAAAUCUGAUGCAAGUGUGCCGCAAGGUCAGAGAGGAAGAAGUAUUUGCGCAAAUUGGUGGAGAAUCUGAUGUGACUCUACCUGAACCUUUGGUGAUCCAUUUUACUAGGACCACACCUGCACUGGUAACCGAAGGAAAUCCAUCUGUUGUCAUCCGAGUGCCAACUCCUUUCCCUUAUAAGAACGAGAAAGUCGUCCCAUGGAGAUAUGGGGCAACUACAUUAGAUGAGGGAGAAUAUGCGAAUCCGACUGUAGAAAACAUAUCAGGCAUUGGUGGAAUGACCAGAAGUGGUCGAAUAUUUACAUCACCAGAAUUGGCGAGAGAAAGAACCAAUGAUAGGGAAGCAACAAUGGCUGCAAAAGCAAAGGAGUUCUUGAGGGGGAAGAACGUGGAGGCCGAUGAGAGCCCCGACAAAGAGGAGAAGAGGGAAAUAUCUGAAGAAGAAGUUGGUGAAUUCCUAAAUUUCAUACAACAGAGUGAGUACAAAGUGGUGGAACAGUUGAACCGCAUGCCUGCCCGGAUCUCCUUGCUAGAAUUACUCAUGCACUCUGCUUCCCACCGAAAGUUGUUGAUGAAGAUACUCAGUGAGGCUCAUGUGGAGCAAGGUAUUUCUCUGAACAAGUUCGAGGGCAUUGUUGGCAACAUCGUUGCUAAUAAUUACCUCACCUUCACUGAUGAAGAGAUACCUGUUGAGGGGAGAGGUCAUAACAAAGCUCUUCAUGUCUCUGUGAAAUGCCUGGAUCAUGUGAUAGCACGUGUCUUAGUGGAUAAUGGAUCCUCCCUAAAUGUCAUGCCAAAAGCAACCUUGGAGAAGCUACCCAGUGACGGAACGCAUAUGAAGCCAAGUUCUAUGAUUGUGAGAGCCUUUGAUGGUAGUAAGAGGGAAGUGAUGGGAGAGGUAGAACUACCAGUCCAAGUCGGUCCGUGUGUCUUUCAAGUUACAUUCCAAGUCAUGGACAUCCUCCCGGCCUAUAGUUGUUUGUUGGGUCGCCCAUGGAUCCAUUCUACAGGGGUUGUGCCUUCUACACUACAUCAAAAGUUGAAGUAUGUUAUGGGAGACAAGCUAGUGAUAGUGGCAGGAGAGGAGGAUUUCUUGGUGAGCGGACCAUCAUCCUCCCGUUAUAUUGAAGCAGCCGAGGAAGCUCUCGAGACAGCUUUCCAAUCUCUGGAGAUUGUGGGAAACACCUAUGUGGAGCCAUUCGCGGGGCGAGCAUUCCCUCUGGAGGUCGUCGAGAACAAGAAUAGGUAUGGCCUGGGAUACAAGCCCACCAAGGAGGAUAGGAGAAGACUGAUAAAAGAAAGAAGAGAACGCAGUCUGGCUCGGGUGGAAAGACGGGAGCCCAAAGUGGGAAGAAUUCGUAUCUGUGACUUCAAGGAGAGCUUUCGCAGCGCUGGUUGGGUUAACGCUGGCCACAUAGCAACUGUGGGAGAUGAAGAUGGAUCGGAAGGCUCUAGUUUCGUGUGGGCCUGCUCUCCGGAUGCACAACUCGACAAUUGGAAGAUGCUGGAUUUGCCCGUGAUGCUUAAUUUGAAUGAGAUAUAUGACAAUGAAUGUUUUGAAAGUAAUUAUGUCGAUAUUCCUGAUUUUGGGCGCCCUGUCAAUAAUACGGAAGAUGAUUGUGAUGAUGACCCGGAACCCCCUCCUGAACUAUUAAGACUAGUGGAACAAGAGUAUAAGGAGAUAAAACCUCACCAGGAAGAUGUUGAAGUACUCAAUUUAGGGAAUGAGGAUGAGGUAAAGGAGGUGAAGAUCGGUACAGCCAUGGAAGCGGAAGUGAAAGAAAAAUUGCGUGUCUUAUUGAGGGAGUUCAGGGAUGUAUAUUGUGCAACACAAGCUCCCACUCAAGCCGGAAUGCCCACCGGUAAAGCAAAAGCUAAGAAGAAUGAACCAGAAAUGUCCUCGAAGAUCAAGGAGGAGGUACAGAAGCAAUUCGAUGCAGGGUUUCUAGUUGUGGCGAGAUACCCAGAAUGGGUAGCAAACAUUGUACCGGUGCCUAAGAAGGAUGGUAAAGUUCGGAUGUGUGUCGAUUAUCGAGAUUUGAAUCGCGCAAGCCCAAAGGAUAAUUUCCCAUUACCACACAUCGACACCUUAGUUGAUAAUACAGCCAAGUAUUCACUGUUUUCGUUCAUGGAUGGUUUUUCGGGGUAUAACCAGAUCAAGAUGGCCCCAGAAGAUAUGGAAAAGACAACUUUUAUUACAUUGUGGGGCACAUUUUGUUAUAAGGUGAUGUCUUUUGGACUCAAGAAUGCUGGGGCAACAUAUCAAAGGGCGAUGGUGGCACUUUUCCAUGAUAUGAUGCACAAGGAGAUUGAAGUUUAUGUGGACGACAUGAUCGUGAAGUCCGAAUCAGAAGAAGAACACGUCCUCAACUUGAGAAAAUUAUUCGAGAGAUUGAGGAAGUAUAAGCUUAGGCUGAAUCCCGCCAAGUGUACAUUUGGAGUGAAAUCCGGGAAAUUGUUGGGCUUUAUUGUCAGCCAGAGAGGGAUAGAGGUGGAUCCAGACAAAGUGCGAGCGAUAAUGGAAAUGCCUGCGCCUAAAACAGAAAAAGAAGUUCGAGGGUUUUUGGGUAGAUUGAAUUACAUUGCUAGAUUCAUCUCCCAAUUAACUGCUACUUGUGAACCAUUGUUCAAGUUGUUACGAAAGAAUCAGGCUGUGGUGUGGAAUGAGGAUUGUCAGGCCGCUUUUGAGAGAGUCAAACAAUACUUACAGGACCCUCCUGUAUUACGUCCACCAGAACCAGGAAGGCCACUCAUUUUGUAUUUGACUGUAUUGGACAAGUCCAUGGGUUGUGUAUUGGGUCAGCAUGAUGAGGAUGGCAAAAGAGAGCACGCUAUAUAUUACUUGAGCAAGAAGUUCACAAACUACGAACAACGAUAUUCAUCGUUAGAGCGGACUUGCUGCGCAUUGGCAUGGGCCGCUCAUCGUUUAAUGCAAUACAUGUUGAGUCAGUCCACAUGGUUGAUAUCCAAGAUGGAUCCUAUCAAGUAUAUUUUUGAAAAGCCUACUCUUACUAGAAGGAUAGCUCGAUGGCAGAUGCUAUUGUCAGAAUACGACAUCGUAUAUGUCACUCAGAAAUCCGUCAAGGGUAGCGCAUUAGCAGAGUACCUGGCUCAUCAACCCCUUUGCGAUUAUCAACCAAUGCAAUCUGAAUUUCCCGAUGAGGAUAUCAUGGCUUUAUUCGAAGAGAACAAAGAAGACCGAAACGAAAAAGCAUGGACAGUGUUAUUCGACGGAGCCUCGAAUGUGAUGGGACAUGGAAUAGGGGCAGUGGUUAUCUCCCCAGAGCGUCAGUAUAUACCAAUGACGGCAAGGUUGUGUUUUAGCUGCACAAAUAACAUCGCUGAGUAUGAAGCCUGUGCCAUGGGUAUUCGAGUAGCAAUUGAGUCUAAGGCAAAAAUUCUGGAUGUGUAUGGAGAUUCAGCUUUGGUCAUCCAUCAAUUGAAAGGAGAAUGGGAAACUAGGGAUACAAAAUUAAUUCCCUACCAAGCUUACAUCAGGAGAUUAAUGGAGUAUUUCGAUUCCAUCACAUUUAACCAUAUACCGCGAGAAGAUAAUCAAUUAGCAGACUCACUGGCUACCUUGUCGUCAAUGUUUGAGGUUGAUCAAGAUGCAGAAUUACCAAGAAUCAAAAUGAAAAGCCAUGCAGAGCCAGUAUAUUGCCACUUCAUCGAGGAGGAGUUAGACGGUAAACCUUGGUACUUUGAUAUCAAGCGUUAUCUUAAAACCCGAGAAUACCCGGAGGAUGCGUCUGAAAACGAUAAAAGAGCACUGAGAAGGUUGGCCGGCAGUUUCAUCUUAAGUGGGGAUGUUUUAUACAAGAGAAGUGCACGAAGGUGUGAGAAAUGUCAGAUAUAUGCAGAUAAUAUCAAUGUGCCACCCAAUGCUCUGAACGUGUUGUCUGCACCAUGGCCAUUUUCGAUGUGGGGAAUAGAUGUCAUCGGAGCUAUAGAACCAAAAGCGUCGAAUGGACAUCGCUUCAUACUAGUCGCGAUCGACUAUUUCACCAAAUGGGUUGAGGCUGCUUCGUAUGCCAACGUGACUAGAAAGGUUGUGGUUAGAUUCAUAAGGAAGGAGUUGAUCUGUAGGUAUGGGCUACCUAGCAAGAUCAUCACUGAUAACGCUACCAACCUGAACAAUCAGAUGAUGGCAGAGUUAUGUGAGGAAUUCAAAAUUCACCACCAUAAUUCCUCUCCUUAUCGUCCAAAGUUGAAUGGGGCAGUAGAGGCUGCUAACAAGAACAUCAAGAAGAUUGUGCAGAAGAUGGUGGUCACCUACAAGGAUUGGCACGAAAUGCUUCCUUUCGCUUUGCACGGAUACCGCACAUCAGUACGAACAUCAACUGGGGCCACGCCAUUCUCGCUAGUGUAUGGGAUGGAAGCGGUACUUCCAGUUGAGGUCAAAAUUCCCUCCUUACGCGUGUUAAUGGAAACUAAGUUAGAGGAAGCUGAGUGGGUUCAAACCCGAUUCGACCAACUCAACCUUAUCAAAGAAAAAAGGGUAAUAGCACUGUGUCAUGGACAACUGUAUCAAAGGAGAAUGAAAAAGGCGUUUGACAAGAGGGUGCACCCAAGAGAGUUUCAUGAAGGCGAACUGGUGUUGAAGAGGAUUUUGCCCGUCCAAAAAGAUCAUAGAGGCAAGUGGACCCCAAACUAUGAAGGGCCGUUUGUGGUGAAGAAAGCAUUCUCUGGUGGGGCACUAAUUCUCACAAGGAUGGAUGGGGAGGAAUUACCGUUACCGGUUAAUUCUGAUGUGGUCAAAAAGUUUUAUGUAUGA